UGGAUUUAGUUACAUCUCUUGACUCAUUAUCAAAACAUGGACUUCAAUGAACCUUAUUCUUCGGUUUCCUUUCAAUACAAGAAACUCACAUCACCUUACCCAUACAAUAAAAUGAAUAAUAAAUCAACACCUUUUUUAUCUAAAAGGCAGCGAAUGAUCAGACAACUUAAGCAUCAUUAUAGAAGCAUCUUUUUUCUAAUAUGCUUCAUCUUGUUCAUCAUGUAUCAUACACAAGGUAUAAUUUCCAACUUUUUAACUUUUGUAAAAAUCAAGAUGGAUAAUACUGUGUUUGAUCGUGGCUAUGUGCCCUGUGGAUCACUUAGAAAGCAGCCAAUGUUAUUUGUUCAAGAUACUCAGCAUGUUCAAGUUGUCUGGGAAAUGAAUUGUGGAAUGUCUAAUAAGGAAAUGACACUUAGUUAUUGGAAUAGGGAUGCACCUAAUGAUAACAAGAUAACAAUGGGUCCUAUCGAACCAAAGGUAUUGGAUCCAUCUCAUACACUGUAUAGAGCAACGAUUGGACCUAUCAAGACAGGAGGACAAAUCGACUAUAUUCUCGAAAGUAAGGAAAGGGAUACCCAAAAGAAAAAGAUAGUAGCAAGGAACACAUUUAAUUGGUUUAAUGAUAUUGAAAAUCAACCUAUUCGUAUUGCGGCUAUGGCCGAUAAUCAAUUUGCCAUGCUGAUAUUCUCGUCUUUAUUGCGUCAAAUCCGAAAACUCCCUAAGCAGAGCCGACCUCAUCUUUUACUCCAUGCAGGUGACGCUGUACAGAAUUAUCAUUCAUUAAGACAAUGGCAGACUGAUUUUGCUGGACCUUUAAGCAUGCAUGGAUUACUUCAAACUAUGCCCAUGAUCUAUGCUCAUGGUAAUCAUGAUUACGAUUUUAGGGGGGAAUACAUCUAUACUCGCAAACCGCAGGAUAAUGGGGCCCCCUGGUUUGCAUUCUCUAUGGCAAAUAAUGCCAUUCGAUUUAUCAUCUUGGAUAGCAAUCUGGAUUGGGAGUUGCAAGAUCAAUGGUUAAAACAGGAAAUAGCCUCUGACGAUUUCAAAGAAGCUCAAUUUCGGAUUGUCGUUGUUCAUGUCCCUCCCUUUUUGGAGUAUUGGGACCCUGAAGCUUGGUUUCAGCAACGACAGAGUGAAUGGGGUGCCUUUAUAAAGGAUCGAUAUGUACCUCUCUUUGAGGAAAGUCAUGUUGAUCUUGUUAUUUCAGGACAUCAACAUAACUAUGAGAGAGGGGAACGUAAUGGCGUUCACUAUGCUAUCAUUGGUGGCGCUGGCGGUGAUAUCGAUUAUGAGCAAGUUAAAGAUUGGGGCAUGUAUGAGGCAAAAUUGUUAGACUUUCAUUUUGUCAUGCUUGAAUUUAACCCACCAGCAGUAAAGGAAACUGACAGUUGGACUUUACAAUGGGAUACUUUCAACAGGAAUGGACAAAAAGUAGACUCUAAGCUCAUAUUUUCUCGAUUUAACAAAGAUAGCAAUAGUAAUUCGAUUUCAUGAUGAUUGUACAUAUUAUAUUCAUGUUAUUUAACAUACAUGUUAGAAUAAUUUAAUAGCAAUACAUAAUAAAUAUAUAAAACUAAACACA